AUGGAUGCUGCCAUGAAGCCUUGCUUCGAGUUUUCUAGCUCGCUGUGUGUCUGUGCUGGGCUGGUUCAUAUCCCUGGAAUUCCUCGAAUCACAACCGAGAGUAAAAGGCCCUGGCAGUGUUUUACCUCGCUUUUCCGGGUUGAGAACGAUAAGAAAAUAGUCUCUAGAACCCAGAGAUCAAGAUUGUCACAGCUUCCAGGUGAAACAGGUCGCACAACUCAUCACCCGCCCAUUGAGCUUCAUGACUUGACAAACAGUCUUUUAGCAGGUCAAGCAGCCCUUGCUGAGGCUACCUAUGUAUCUUGA